CCAGAAAAAAAUAUAAACAAUUUUGGGUUGCGCCGGAACUUGCCGUUCUUAUCGCUUCCUUAUCCUGGCACGCGAGCAUAUCGCCGAUGACGCCGCCGAGGCAGCGUACACACAUCUGGGCUUCAUGACUUGUCUCUGUUCCAUUCUUGCGACAUGCGCUUGAUGCGUGCUUUUGGAUCAAUAUACACAGGCCAGCGACCAAUAUGGGGAACUCAGCAAGCUCAUCAAAGAUUUCCGCCCAGGAUAAGUAAGAAGACGCUCAUUCUUGGUGAGGACUAACGUUGUUGAUAUCAAGGACAGGGCAAUCCUGGACAUGAAGAACCAGCGAGACAAGCUACACCAAUAUCAGCGCCGCAUCACAGUGCUCACCGACCGAGAGAAGGAAAUAGCAAAGCAGAUGCUUGCUAAGGGCGACAAACCGAAAGCAUUACUGGCCUUGCGGCGCAAGAAGUACCAAGAAUCAUUACUCGAGAAGACGGAUGCGCAGCUAGAGCAGCUGGAGAAAUUGACAAGCAGUGUGGAGUUUGCUUUAGUGCAGAAGGAUGUUGUCUUUGGGUUGCAACAGGGGACGAGUGUGCUACAGGAGAUACAUAAGGAGAUGGGAGGGCUGGACCAUGUUGAGAAGCUGAUGGGAGAGACGGCUGAAGCGGUUGCGUAUCAGCAGGAGGUGAGUGAUAUGCUCGGCGGAAAGAUAUCGAAUCAAGACGAAGAUGAAGUGGAGGAUGAACUCGCAGCGCUCGAGGCCGAGGUCACUGGCAUCCCUCUGCCAGAAGUACCUACUACCGACUUGCCAAGAAAGGAGAGGGCGAAGGUGAGGCAACAGGAAAGAGAAGAACAACAAAGGGUAGCAAUGUUGGCAUAAAUAUUGGAUUAGUGAUUCAAUUUACGGGCAUUGGAAGGCGUUGGGGGCAGGUACAUAUCAUUUUAUCGAAGAUCAAUACCCUAGCGGAAGGAACUUGAUUUCCAACAUAAACAUCCAAGAAAAAAUGUCUAGAAAGUGAGAUGACUGCUUCAA